UUGGAGCAGCUGCUCAAGAUCGUAGAGGUGUUCGGCCUUCCUCCCUGCCGCAUGCUUGAAGCCAGCCCGAAGCUGGAGAACUUUUUUGAGCGUGUUACUCCCGGUGAUUCGGCGCUUGCCGGCGGCCAGUCUGAAUCGCCAGCUUCCUCCUCCUCCUCGGUCUUCGCGAAAGCGGUGAUAACUGUCCGUGGCAUCGUCUACCGGCCACGGCGAUACUGGACCAAGGGUGGCGCUACAACCAAGGUAGGUGCUCAGUCGCCUCACUACCCCCUCGUUGCUUUCUCUUUCCUUCACCCCAACUGCACGCAUGGAUCCGUUUUCUCCUCUUCCUCCUCCUCCUGA